AUGUCUAAUUUUUAUGAACAAGCAGAAUUUUUAAAUGGCGGAAAGUUGGCUCACUAAUAAGAGACUAGGUUUUAGGAUCAAGAUUAAUUGCCUCAUGAAACGGAGAAAACCUUAAAGCAAUUAGACUUAGAAUUAGCAGUUGAUGAAGAAUACAAAGAAGCAUUUGAAAUAGCAAGGAGAUUAUUGAAAUUCUAUAAAAGCGAAAAUUCAAUAAAGAAUGGGUAGUAUUUUGCUGGUGCAGCAUUGUAUUUUGGGUUCAGAUGUAAAAAUGCCCCUUACUUGCUGAUAGAAAUUUCAGAAUUGAUAAAGAAGGAGUCAGCAACAAAAGUGGCAAAAUGUUACUUGAAACUAUUGAAAUUUGUAAAAUUAGAUGCUAAAGUCCCAUAAAUUGUUCAAUUAGCAAAAAGUUUAUAAUAUAUAGAUCCUUCUAUUUAUAUACCUAAGUUCGUAAGGCUAUUAGAGAUAAGCCGAGAUAAGCAUAAGCAAAUUGUUGAAACAGCUAUGAAGUUAAUUAAAAGAAUGAUGUUGGAUUGGAUGGCUUAUGGAAGAAGACCCUCAUCACUGUGUGGAGCUGCAUUGCUGAUAUCUGCUAGAUUUCAUGGGGAAAACGUGUCCACUUCUUAGGUUUGUAAAACUGUUCAAGUUUGUGAUGAAACUAUUAGAAAAAGAUUGGCUGAGUUUAAUCAAACAGGAUUAUCUCAAUUGACAAGAGAACAAUUUGAAUAAAUUGAGAAUAUUGAAACUGGAAUCCCAGGCCCUGUGAAUGAUCCUCCAUCGUAUAGAAGAAUAAAAUAAUAGGAAGAAGAAAUGAGAAAAGGUUUGACAGAAGAUGAGAUUAAAUCAUUGGAAGAAAGCACCUUAAAAAAAGCCUUAGAAAUGAUAGAAUUACUAAAGGUCUAGCCUGAGGUUUUCAAAUAAGAAACUAAUUUAAAAUAAGAAGAUCCUGCUUCAUUUUCUGAAGUAGUCAAGGAAUAGAAAGAUUGUGAAGUCUUAUCUUCUUUGAGUGAGUCAGAUGAAUAAGAAUACAUAUUAAGCGAAUAAGAAAAAGCAUGCAAAUAAUUAGUAUGGUAAACAAUGUACAAAGAAUACAUCUAUGAUAAAAUGAACAGAAAUUAGAAACAAGAUAAAUAAUAAAAAAACCUAUAGAGUGGAAAUAAGUAAUAAAACCAAAAACCUAAAAAAUAAGUAAAUGUUAAAUAAUCUUUUGCAACACCUUAAGAGUCAGUAACAAAUAAUUAUCAAAAUGAUGGAAUAAAUCCAUAAGCUGUACAAAAUCUAUUUUCAAAAGAACAUGAUUUUUUUUCAUAGUUUAGUUGA